AUGCCUAACCGUCUUUUUUUCGAAUCUGGAUACAAAGAAGGACACCUGAAAGUGAGAAUCAAGUGUGAUGACAAAGUGCUUGCUGUCUCCAACGUCAGUCUUAUUGAUCUGCUUCAGCAAGUUGACCACGCUUUCCUGCAACCCGUCUCCUCUGAGGAAACAAUCUGGUUACAUCCCGUCAAUGUGCAGAAGCAGUCAAUUAAAAACGAUCCGGGGGAUGGUUCUGAUGCGGCAUUUGUUGUCCUACGUAUUGGCCUACAGCGGGAUUCCGCAAAAGCUGUUGCUAGUAGGCCACUUACCAGCUGUGAUGAAACUGUUACUUUCUCGGGCAAGCCACAACAUCCAGAUGACAAAGAUGUGUUGCUUGCUUCCAAUGUGCCAAUUUUGUCAAUGCUGCUGCAGAUAAGAUUAGAGACGAAAACAAAUCGCUUCUUCAACUGUUUCCAUGGGUCAUUUGCUGCCCCGACCCUGCAGGUUGGCCAAACCAUCGGCUUCACCGAGCAGUUAUCUUUUCUAGGCUUAACUAAAAUGAGCCUACGUCUCAAAUUACCUAGCACUACGGGCGAAGUCGAGUUAUUUCCAACUAACAAAGAUGUGGUUGACCUGGCCGGCGGUCUUAGCUCAGCGUAUCCAGAUCCCACCGGGGACGUGUUAUUUGAUUUGGAUUUGGCGGUAGCCAACUUGACAGCCAACUGUGAACCUCCUCUCAUGGAACCGAUCCAGCCCGCGACAGUAACCCUACAGAGCGCCUCUCGAUCUCCAACUCCAGCAGCUUCAGAGCCUCUCCAUCGUUUCUGCUACAGCAUUGAGCUGAAGACCCUUCAGGCCAUUAAUCCGCUACCGGAGAACUCCCUAGUCUACGCUAGGUACGUCUAUCCUCUGUUUGGCAGUCGAAGCCCAAUAAUGACAUUGCCCCCGGUGGCUCUGACUGGAACUGACGAGACAGUGCUUCCGCAGGGCUUCUGCGCAUUUGAACUUGCAGCCGAACCUGCUGAGCUAAGACAGCGACUGGCGGAGGAACCGCUUGUCAUCGAAGUGCUCGAUCGCAGCAAAGCUAACAACACCGCCGAGGUUCUCCUGGGACAGACCUCGUUUUCUCUGGAGCAGGUCUUUUCCGAACAACCUCGUCAGUUGGCACAUUGUUUGCGGAUUCGCACAGACGGCGUUGCAGGUGUCAAAUCAACAAACAAUGGACUCGUAAUCGCGAGGCUGGCCUACUCUCUUACUCUGGAGGACUUUGGGCCGCACAACUCCUCUGACGAAUCGGACGAAGGGCAACAACAACUGCAACAACAAAAGAAUGACGUGAAGGAGGCUGAGGACAUUGCGCCGUCACUUAGACAGCGCAGAUCUUCGGCCGACGGCUCCGCUGUCUCCUGCUUGCGGCCAUCGCGUUCCGCUGCAGAUUUGCCAACCGCUUUCCCGUCUGUGGAGGUUCGUCAGACGGCCGAAUAUCGCGCUGCUCUGGAACUUGAGCUGUGGCGUGCAGAGGAGGAGGCACGCUUUAAGGCCAGUCUG